GAAAAAAACUUCACAUCCAUUGCUGCCGUCUACCGUGAAACAAAAACCAGCGUGUCCAACAGAGAGGGAAAAUGAUUGGAGAGAAGGGGAAGCUACUGUAUAAUGUGUACAGAGCCCUAACCUACGGUCUCUCUCCAUUUCUCUACCUUCAUCUACGUUUCCGCACUCUCCAGGGCAUCGAACACCCUGUCCGGUGGCCGGAGCGUCUUGGCCGUCCUUCUACCUCACGCCCUCCCGGCCAUCUCAUAUGGUUCCACACCGCCUCUUUAGGUGAAGGAAUGGCUGCAAUCCCAGUAAUCAAACGCUGUAUUGAGGAAAGACCCGAUUGUACCAUUUUGAUGACUUCAACUACUGCGUCUGCAUUUGAAAUAAUAACGAAUCAGCUCCCUACUGGUGUCAUAUAUCAGUUUGCCCCACUUGAUAUUCCUGCUGCUAUGGAUGCUUUCCUUGGCUAUUGGAAGCCCAAUGCUGUCAUGCUAAUGGAGUGUGAACUGUGGCCAAAUCUUAUUUUAGGAGCUGCAAGAAAUGGUAUUGCACUGGCAUUAUUAAAUGCUCGGAUGUCUGCAAAAUCCUUUUCACGUUGGUCUCGACCUGUGCUUCUUCCGUUGAUUUCCUUAAUGCUGUCAAAGUUUUCCUUGAUUGUCCCAUUGAGCACCAUGCAGGGAAUCCGCUUUCAGCUAUUGCAAGCCCCACCAUAUGUCAUCAACUUUUCUGGUGACCUGAAAUAUACGGUUGAAGAAUUUGACAUUUCCAAAAGAGGGGUACAAAGUAUAGAAGAACUUAAGGUGCAGCUUGCCCAUAGGCGGGUUUGGAUGGUUUCUUCCAUACAUAGGGGUGAAGAAAAAGUUAUGCUAGGAGUUCACAAAGUUCUAAUGCGAAUGCACCCUGAUAUGGUCACCAUUAUUGUGCCUCGAUAUCCACAGCAUGGACGUGAGAUUGCUAUAGAACUGCAGAAAGAAGGGCUGAGUGUAGCUCUGAGGUCACGUGAUGAGAAACUUGUGUCAGGGACAAGUAUAUAUGUGGUGGACACAUUAGGUGAACUGAGACACUUUUAUACGCUAACUCCCAUAGCAGUAAUUGGAGGUUCUUUCUUGCCUGGUUUAACUGGCCAUAACAUUUCGGAAGCUGCUGCAGCUGGCUGUGCUGUUCUGACUGGUCAUCAUGUUGGGCAUUUUUCGGAUAUGGUACUGAAAAUGCAACGAUCGAAUCCUUUGUCAGUUCUGCAGGUUUCUGCAGAAGAACUUGAGGAAGCUCUCAGUGAGCUUUUCAGCAAUAGUGAAAUUCUGGAAGCACGUUGUCUGGCUGCAAAACAAGCAUUUCAAGCUCUGUCAAGCGGGAUUGUUGCAAAUGUUUGGAAUCAACUAAAUUUCAAUGUUCUCAGACAGGCUUUGUGUUAAUGAAGGCUGGUGAACAAUAAAAUUGAAAGUGACAGUUGAGUUUGUCUGCCUGCUUCUUCUGCAUCAAGGUACGGCAUGGUUAAUGGCAUUUAGCAUGCCCAAGACCAGUUUGCCCUGGUGCUGCAAAUUGUGCAUGAUUUUUGUUAACCUGUUGUUUUAUUAGUCAUGAAAUCUUCUAUUGUUAAUCAUUGUUUAUAAUUAACUUUAGAAACAACUCUAAUACAAUAAGAAAGUGGCACAUAGACAAAUUUGUCCUUGUGUCAUGCCGGCUCCAUGGCAAUGGAGUAGAAUAAAAGGAUUUUCCCCCUGAA